AUGAAGGCAGACUACUUGAAGGAGAGAACUCUGAGGACUUCUUCUGGACGGCUUCUGCCUGGAUGGCCAGAUGCCCCCCUCAUCCCCACCCCCAAACAGUGCUUGACGUCAAGUUUAAUGAGGCGUUAUCGCCCCAUACUGGGCUGGCAUGCUCAGAGAGAGAAUGGUUACGGAUACAAAGGGAUUAAUUCCAAAGAAGGCUUUCUGUACUUCAGCUCCAGUGUUUACUACAUCUCGACUGAGAGGAAGAGCUGGAGUGAGAGCAGACAGAACUGCAGGGAGAGAGGAGCAGACCUGCUGAUCAUAAACAGCAGAGAAGAGCAGGUGGUAGACUGGUGGUUUCCAUUGAAGAGAAGAAUUACAUCAAGUGUGUGUACCAGAGGCACAGAUAUAGAGGGGCCUGAGGAUGGACUGAGUUUAGACAAAGCACUGUCAACAGCGAGAGCUUUUGAAGCAGCGCAGGCAGAAUCCAAACUUUUCACGGAGAGCACAGGCCACAGAACAAGAGACAACCAGGUUCGUUUCACUAAGAAAAGACUUGAAACGUUGAGAAAGGGUCAGACAGCUUGGAUUGGUCUCACUGACGGUGACGAGGAGGGGGUCUGGAAAUGGGUGGAUGGCUCAGCACUGACCACUGGGUUCUGGAAACUUGGGGAGCCCAACAGUUAUGGAGAUGAAGACUGUGCUGUCACUGGCUAUGGGUCUGGUCCUGAAAAGAGCUGGGUUGAUUUUCCCUGCAGUUAUAAGUGUGUUUGGAUUUGUGAGAGGAGAAUAUCUGGCUGAAUUACUGCAUGUGUGUAUGGAUUGUACGUGUUGUUUUCUCAUGGUAGAAUAGACAGGGGUAGGAAGGGGCAGAGACAGUGAGAGAUCAGCAUUGGGGUAGUAAUCCAUUACAAAUGACUAAUUACUUCACCCAAACUGAAAUGGGAUUAAUUUACAUAUUAUUUCCUGGAAAAAAGGACUCACUGCUCACAACUUUACUGCUCUUUAACUUCACUAUUUACAAUUUACUAUUUACUAUUAAAUGACAUUACAUGAUCAAAUAUUAUAAAAAUCUAGGUUUAAGUUUAGAUUUUCAGUGUUAUGCCAAUAUAAUGAUGGCACAUGAUAACUUUAAUCUGUGGCUUAAAUGCAGACAUUUGAAACUGUUUACAGUCAGUUAGACGUCAUUUUUAUAUUGUGUGUUGCAUUUGUACAGUGAGUCAUUCAGUAAAGAUUCAAUCUGCUUCUAUGCCGUGUUCAGGUAGGGGUGCAUUUAGUGUGGUGAUGCGCACUGUCCUAUAUACUUGGGCUCUUACAGGAAAGCACAAGUACACAAAACCUUAGGACAGCCUAUAUAUGUGGAGACAAAAUUGAACUGGGUGUAAUUAAAACAUUGGUGUAAUGGAUGCUAAGGUACCUUCUGGAACUUCUGAUAUGCAUAAUUUAUGGAUCAUACACACGUCUGACAGGUGGGUGAACACCUAAGUGCAUAAUAUAUGUCUGAUACAGGAGUUGAGUAUAUUCCAGUACAAUUAUAAAUUGUUACUA